AGAGAGGGGGGGAGGAAAAGGAAAAAGGCUGUCAUCCGCGAAAUCGCGCUUACAGCUUCGUGCGACGAGCGAAAGAAAAAGUGCCGCGUACUCGCUCGCUCGUACGAAAGCCCUUCCCGAGAGGUUCGGCGGCAGUGUGCGCGGCGCUGCAGUAUCGACGCUCGAUACCAGCCGGCUUCGCCUCGGCGCGCUCGCGUGCGUGCACGUUAGCACGCCGGACGCGUUGAUUGGCCGGCGGCGCUGGCGUCGUCGGCCGCGAUUGGUGGUCGCUCGGCUGCGCGAACUCCGCCGGCGGCGACCGAAGUCUCCUCCGUUCGCCCUCUUCUCCUCUCUUCGCCUCGCGGCAGCUGCGUCAGGCGUGGUCGUCGUCCAGUACGUUCGAGUCGGGUGCGCGGUCGGUCGCGCGUUAUCACGGACGGAACGUGUUGCUGUCGCGAGAUCGCGACGUUUCGCGAUAAAGUAAGUUUCGCGUUGUCCAGGACUCUUUUUUUCCCUUCUCUCUCUCUCUCUCUCUCUCUCUCUCUCGGCGCGGGCGUUCUCGGCAGUUGUGUGCGUGCGCGUUGCCUUCGAGUGCGUGCGUGCGUGCGUGUGUGUGUGUGUGUGUCUCGCGUGUGGACACACAUCCGGUUUGUCGUACGCCGGACGAGCGCGCGCGCACAUCUCUCUCCGCUGCCGCUGCUUCUGCUUCCUCUUCGUGAUCCCCGCGUGAAACUCGCUGAACGACAACACGAUGAACAGCGAAGUGAGAGUGAAAACACGGCCAUGCUCGGCCGGCUUGCCGACAGCGUGAAUCAUCGCGCGCCAGCACCGGCUCCGGGGAGAGCCCACGCAGUACCCACGACGUGUGCGCGUCCCGUCUCCCUUUCUCGCUCGCUCGCUCUCUCGCUCUGUGCACUUCUGUCUUUCGGUCUUUCGAGAUCUGACCCGUUGGCUCAGUCUUUCGUUGCCUCUUUCUCGCUUUUCUCUUUGCCCGAACGCGAGAGCAACCCCCCUGUGCACUCUCGCGCGCGCACCACCUACGCAGUGAGCAUCAUCGGCAUCGUGUGAAGGGUUGAACAACCCUCCUUUCGAGUCCCUGGCGAGAACCCCUCCCCCCCUGCGACACAGGAGAGAGUGAGCGAGCGAGCAUCGUCGCCGUGAUCGCGCGUCGUGAACCGAAAUUCUCUCUCGGCGGAGACAUGUCGACGGAGAACCAGCAGCAGAACGGGACCGCGGGUGGCGCGCAGAGCAACGGCAUCAAGUCGUCGUCGUCGUCGUCGUCGGCGUCCUCGGUAGCGUCGUCGGGCGUCUCGCCGUCCGGCCGCAAUGCCGUUCUGCAGAACAACUCGUCCUUCUUGUACAGCAGCAGCACGAUGCUGAAUCGCGAGAAGGCGCGUCAGGUGCCGCCGCCGACCCUGCCCAAGUACACGUCGAGCUUCAACGCCGGCUCGAACGGCGGCGGGGCCGGCACCGGCGGCACCGGCGGCGGCGGCGGCGGCACCUCGGAGCGGCUCACCAGGGACCGCGAAGCCGGCGGCAGCUAUAGGCUCGCCAGCCUGGACAGGCUCGCCCUGAGACAGAGGAUACUGGACGGGGAAAAGGCCAACGGCGAGUCCAUCUCGAUCCAGGCGAAGCGUGAGCUGUUCUUCAAGGGCGACGGCGCGUCGAUAAUCUCGUCGCCGUCGGUGCCGUCGGUGCCACCGCCGCAGCCCCCAUCGCAGGCUUCCAAUCCGCAGGCCACCAACUCGUCGUCGUCGGCGGCGAGCUUCACCACGACUGGCAUCAUCACGUCGCCAAACACAGCGCCAACGCCAACCUCGUCAGUCUCGUCCAGCUACUCCAGCAGCGCCGUCACGGCUUCGGUCGGCUUGGGGUCGAACGCGAAGCCGCGACUGCCGUCCGCGGCGACAAUCCCGAAUGAUGCUUCCGAGGACAGCAACAGACGCGAGUCCGCCAGAACCGCUUCCAAGGAAGACAGCAAUAAGGAGACUAGUCUGCUGCACCAUUCGCGGCCCACACCGCCCACCAAACCCAAGGAGCUCGACGGCUACGUUGGCUUCGCCAAUCUACCCAACCAGGUCUACAGGAAGGCCGUGAAGAAGGGCUUCGAGUUCACUCUCAUGGUCGUAGGGGAGUCGGGACUCGGCAAGUCCACCUUGAUCAAUUCCAUGUUCCUGGCGGAAAUAUACAGCGCCGAGUAUCUUGGACCCAGUCUCAGGGUGAAGAAGACGGUCGCCGUGGAAACUAGCAAAGUGCUACUGAAGGAGAACGGCGUGAACCUCACCCUCACAGUGGUCGACACUCCCGGAUUCGGCGAUGCCGUCGACAACAGUAACUGUUGGGUGCCCGUCAUCGACUACAUCGAGUCGAAGUACGAGGAGUUCCUCAACGCGGAGUCGCGCGUAACGAGACGGCAGAUCCCGGACAGUCGAGUGCACUGCUGCCUCUAUUUCGUCGCGCCCUCGGGCCACGGACUGAAGCCACUCGACGUGGAGUUUAUGCAGCGUCUCCACGACAAAGUCAACAUCAUACCCGUUAUCGCGAAGGCGGACACCAUGACGCCGGACGAAUGCGCGCACUUUAAGAAACAGAUCUUGAACGAGAUCGCGCAACACAAGAUCAAAAUCUACGAGUUCCCGGAAGUCGAAGAAGAAGAAGAGAACAAGCUUCACAAGCUGUUGAGGGAUCGAGUGCCGUUCGCGGUUGUUGGGGCAAACACUGUCGUCGAUCACGACGGCAAGAAAGUGCGCGGCAGAAAGUACCCCUGGGGAGUCGCGGAAGUCGAGAAUCUGGAUCACUGUGACUUCAUAGCGCUUCGAAAUAUGGUGGUGAGGACACACGUGCAGGAUCUAAAGGACGUGACGAACAACGUGCACUAUGAAAACUUCCGGUGUCGCACGUUAGCCGGCCUGGGUGUCGACGGCAAGCCGACGAAGGCUUCGAAUAAUUUGUGCCCUCCAGGAGUGAUGAACAGUUUCAUGACGGUGUGGAACCCUCUGGCGCAGUUGGAAGAAGAGAAGAGAGAACACGAUAACAAAAUGAAGAAGAUGGAAACGGAGAUGGAGCAGGUGUUUGAAAUGAAGGUCCGCGAGAAGAAGCAGAAGUUGAAGGAUUCUGAAGCGGAUUUGCAGAGAAGGCACGAGCAAAUGCGACGUUCGUUGGAGCAGCAGGUGCGAGAAUUGGAGGAGAAAAGACGGGCGUUCGAGGCGGAGAAGACCGCCUGGGAGCAGCAGACUGGCCACAGUAUUGAGGAACUACGUAGACGCAGUUUAGAAGCGAAUUCGAAAGAGGCUGUCGACGGUAAAGACAAGAAGAACAAGAAGAAGGGCCUCUUCUAAUCGAACACAGCUAGAGAUGGGGAGAAAGAAAAAUGGGAGGGGAGCGGCCAGACGGACAGGCAGGCAGAGAGGAACAGGGGCGGUUCCGGCGCGCGGUUGUCGUAUACUCCCGGCGAUAACGAUUACCAAUGACGAAUACACAGCUAUAGGUAGAUUCCGAUGAAUUCGGUAGGGCUCGAUAGGCGCGAUCACACACAUCAGGGACCGGCGAUCUCGACCGCGAUCCCGGUCCCGUUUCGUUUCUCCGUUAUUUCUCAUCAUGUCCCGCUUCUUGCAAAGCCACUCUCCAAGUCCUUCCCCGGGCUGUGGAUCUCACUCGAGAUGAACGAACGUUCACUCGAUGACCUCGAAGAUACCGCGAUCCUGAGACACACGAGUAAACGUGACUGUCUUUUUCCAGUCGAGUAGACUCGAGACCGAACUUCUUCCUGAGCCGACAGGGGCCAUCAUCCAGGAUCCUUGCUCUGUGAGCUUGCUCUUUGGGUACAACCAGAUUCCAAGUUGAUUUAACGAAUGAGAUUUUCUUUUUCACGCUUGCUUCCAAAUUUUGUGCUUGUUUUCGGCCCCAGAUAUUGUACUUGCCCUUCGUACACACGAAUAUUGGAUAUAACUUCGUUCUUGAGGAGAAUUUUGAGGAUCAGAAGCGUAUAUUUAGCAGAGCGUUCCUCGCACAAAUUCAGAAUGUCGUCUCUGAUUAAUUGUUUGGUUUCGAACAAAAAUAUUCAUUCGGCUGAAAAGUUACUCUCGAGUGACUCGACCCGAGUGCCAGUCUACUUCCCGAGUGGAAUCUCGCUCAAAGAAAUCUUCGAGAGUACGGACUGAGGGAGAGAGAAGACGCGUAUAUAUAUACUCGUCAUCUCUCUCUCUCUCUCUCUCUCUCUCUCUCUCUCUCUCUCUCUCUGAAACGAAGUUGUGUGUCUCCGCCGCCUGUGCUUUUUCGCGCUUCCUAUUAGUACUCGGGAGGGAUAAAAUAAGGGACAGAAGGGGAGGCGAGAAGAGGAACAAGGGGGAGACAUCGUUGCAACUGACGACGUUGCAAAACGUUCCCUUGCACGACGCCUCACCACCGCGUUCAAUCCGCGACCACCGCGAUUUACUUGCGACACAAUUGUACAAAACACGUAGACGUCGUGAUCUUUUGGAGAACGUAACUUUCGUACAUUUUUCCUUCGACGGACAAGUUUAGCCCCGCAAAAAAAACAAUCGUGUAAUUUCCGCGUUACGGGAGCGUCACGUUCGAGCCGCCCUCCGUCGAGCACGAUUCGUACGGUCGUACGAAUUAAACGAGAACACGGCGCGGUGUUCGUAUGCCGAUGUCGGCUGUGCUUGAAGAUACUCGUCAUAUCAUUAUACCUUGGAAUCAGGGUGAUCGAAUGACUCGCGUCUGCUAGAGAAUAAUACAGAGAGCGUUAUAUACGUUCGGCGACUAUUAUUCGUCGGGCGAGAGAAACUUGCGUCACUGUCGCGCUCCCUCGUUCGAUCGAUCGUGUCUCGAAUCGAACUGUAAGAAACAGCCGGAAUUCCUUGCUUUCGCGACCGACAUAACAUAACUGACGUGCACUCGCUGAAGGUACGGUCAGUGUUGCAACACUUUGAUCCCGGUAAGCUGCAGAACGCGUCCGAUAACCCAGCAGGAAAAUGUAUCUUCUGACACAAUUGCUGAAAAACAAAUUCUUCUGCUGGACACGGACGCGUUGUGAAACUCGUUGUAGAGGAAAGUGUUGCAACCAUUUCCCCACUGACUGUACAAUUAUCAAGGAAGCACUGGAGCAUCCAUCUGCCGUUCGUUCAACCACCGGUGAUAUUUCGGAUACGACAGCGGCGAACGAAAAAAAAAUACGACACAGCUCGCGCGAGUGGCGAGAGGAUAAUCGUGGGGGAGGCGGCCGCAGAGAGAGAGAGAGAGAGAGAGAGAGAGAGAGAGAGAGAGAGAGAGGCCGAACGUGAUGUCACACAAAAAGUAAGCGGCCAUACGGUAUGUAUACAUAUAUAAAUAUAUAUAAAUAUAUAUGUUUAUUUAUGUAUAAAUAUAAUACGAGAGAGAGAGAAGCGCGUAAACGUAAGUCUAAAAUUCAUGUACAUGUACAUGUAAGCUGCCGCGCUCGUGCGCGGGGCGCGACAAUUAUCGAUUACGAUAAGAACGAAUCGUUGUAUAAAAAUAAAUCUAAGUGUGUUUGGACCACCGCGCUUCGAGACGGUGCGCUUUUCCCUUUUCUUUCGUUGUUUUUCUUUCUUUUUUUUUUUCUUUCUUUUUAUAGACAGUUUAACAUGGCCGAGAGAAAAGGGGGAGGGAGGGGAGAGGCAGAAAAGCACAUUCGCGCGUUAUCUAUCCCCACGCGAUGUGUGUGAUGUUCCCUCCGUCGCGGUAACGCCGAAUGUAAUCCCUGAGAGAAGAAGGAGAAGCAAGCAGAAUGACUUCCGCAUAAUUAAUCAUGGCUUUUGUCCGUUUUGUAGUACGAGACAUUCUCGUUCGGUGACGAGAACCGUCGAAUCGGGACGCGCCGUCUGGAACCCGUCCAAGUUAACAUGUCUAUAGAGAUACUAAGCUACUUAAGUUACUUCUGUGCCAAGACGAGAGGGAGCUGAGCAUUUUGUAACGCUAGCGAGAGCGGUCCUUUUCGGUAACCGCGACGUUGAAGCACGAUCUCGCGCGGGAUUUCCCCUCCGGGAGAAUCACGCGGACGCGCUUGAAGGGUUCAGGGGAAACACCACGUUGAAGAGAGCUCCCAUUCGACACCUACCGAUGGACAAUUGUAGAGCCUGAGAGAGCAGUCGCUUGUUGUUGUCGGUCGAUUUCGUAUUCUUCGGGUAUGUGCGGAUGUGCGAAUUCGCGCGCUUGCUUUUUGCUAUGGCGCGUAGUUUAUCAUUCGAUCUCACGAUCUGCCCCCUUUGGCCGCACUUUUCCUCUAGCUAGCGCUCCUCUAGCUCUCUCCUCUCGACGAAGCGACGAGCCGAACGAGCGCGUUUCUUUUUGUACGUUGGUACUGAAGAAAGAGAGAAGCACCACAUAGUGAGGAGAGAAAGAGGAAGAGAGCGGCCGAAAAGAACGGAUCGGCGAAGCGCGCGCGCGUUGCAGAGGCCAGUAAAAAUCUAUCGUUAGACGAUCAUCCAUGAAUUUCGUUCGACAUUCUCACACAAAUUCGCACAUAGAUAUAUUCGAUAUUACAUACUCUAUUUUACUACGUACGUAAACACCUUACGCUUCCCCCGUUCCCUUCACACAUCACGGGGCUGAGGAACACGCGUGCGCGCGUGUGCGCCACAUUCCUAUUUUGUACGCAUUUUUCUAAAUAGGCUCGCCGGCUCGAGCGUAUGCCGUUUCGCCAACGCGUGGCUACUUUAAUCUCCUCCCGUUUGCACUCUUAGCGUAUAUUGUGUCGGAUAGUCGAAGGUAAGACGAGAGAGCGAGCGGCCGCACAUUUUCAAGAGGCCUGAACGGAGAUCGCUCUGUUCUCUCGACAGUUCUCUCCGGGGGAGACGGGCGUGCGUGAGGAUGUGUGAAUGUGCUCGUGUGCUCGACCAAGUCCUGGGGAAGCACGAUCCAUAGGGAGAGAGAGAGAGAGAAAGAGUCUCUUCUCGAGGCCGCUCUGGCCUCUGGAGAACCGCGAAUCAAACGAGGUGAAAACGUGUAAAAUCCGUGUUAUUAGAUUAGGCUUUCCGCGCGGGAAAACGGACUGUCGAUUGUACUUAACUGUCGGCGCGACGAUCGCUUUUCCGCGAUGCAAAAGGAGGAGUAAGAAGGAAAAGAAGAAGAAGAAAAAGAAGAAGAAGAAGAAGAAGAAGAGCGGCCGAUGUCGAGCCGGACGCGGAGAGUAGACUUUAUUUAUAAGGCUGAACCGAAGGCCAGAAAAUGAGCCGGGAAGUGUAACACGAUAAAAAACUAUGUGUAUUUCUGUGGGCGAUGCUUGUGUUUAAAUGGUUACUCAUAGGAUCAUUGUGAAGUGACUCACGGGCGCGCGACAAUCGACUCGCGCGAUUACGUCCGCUCGGGGGUAAGACGGAGGUUUGGGAAAGAAUGUACGGGGAAGGUUGGCCGGAAAGAGAAAGAGAGAAAAGAGGGCUAGAUAGACGAAACAAAUUAUAUUUUGCCGUGCCAGAUGAAAACAAAGCUGCCGUCGCUAAUUGUAGACCAGUUGUAAUAACGACUCACUAUUGUAUCGCGA